GGGGCUUCGCGGCCCACUUCCGCCCGGCUCCGCCAUGGCGGCGGCGGCGCGGCGCGGUGCGCAUGUGCGGGGCUCCAUGGCGAGACGAGGGGCCGAGCGCGCACAGGGCUGAGUCCCCACCGGGCUCUGAGUGCUGCAGCACUGUCUGCCACUGCCUCUGAUGCACGGCCGAGCGGAGCGAUGAAGGGACAGCAGAAAGCAGCCGAGACGGAAGAGGGAACGGUGCAAAUCCAGGAAGGUGCAGUGGCCACAGGAGAGGAUCCCACCAGUGUCGCCAUCGCCAGCAUCCAGUCCGCCGCCACCUUCCCUGACCCCAAUAUCAAAUAUGUCUUCCGCACAGAGAAUGGCGGCACGCAGGUGAUGUAUAGGGUGAUCCAAGUGGCGGACGGACAGCUGGACGGACAGACGGAAGGCACCAGCGCCAUCAGCGGGUACCCCGCCACACAGUCCAUGACACAGGCCGUCAUCCAGGGUGCCUUCACCAGCGACGAUGCGGUGGAGACGGAGGCAACGGCCACUGAGACCCACUACACCUAUUUCCCCACCGCGGCCGUGGCCGACACUGGCACGUCUGCCGGCGCCGGGACCACCGCCACCGCCGUUGUCACCACGCAGAACUCGGAGGCGCUGCUGGGGCAGCCCACCCCCACUGGGCAAUUCUUCGUGAUGAUGUCCCCCCAGGAGGUCCUGCAGGGUGGGACGCAGCGCUCCAUCGCCCCCCGUGCCCAUCCCUACUCCCCGAAAGCAGAGGCGCCGCGGGCGACCCGGGAUGAGAAGCGUCGGGCGCAGCACAACGAAGUGGAGCGCCGGCGCCGGGACAAAAUCAACAACUGGAUCGUGCAGCUCUCCAAGAUCAUCCCCGACUGCUCCAUGGAGAACACCAAGUCGGGGCAGAGCAAAGGGGGAAUCCUCUCGAAAGCCUGCGACUACAUCCAGGAGCUGCGGCAGAGCAACCACCGCCUCUCUGAGGAGCUGCAGGGCCUGGAUCAGCUCCAGAUGGACAACGAGGUCUUACGGCAGCAGGUGGAGGAGCUGAAGAGCAAGAACCUGAUCCUCCGGACGCAACUCCGCCAGCAUGGUGUGGAGAUCGUCAUCAAGAAUGAGAGCCACUGACCCCGGGGACGGGGACCCCCCCGCAGCCCCCAACCCCCCCGCGCCCCCUCCUCAUCAUCACCCCACCCAGCCCCAGGGUGACGUGAGGAGCCCCCCAGCCCCAUUUGGUUUGUGCCCCCACAUCCCUGCGCUUCCUGCACACGCUCUCGGCCAGGCGACCCUGCUGCCCCCAGCACUGCCUCGGCCCCCCCCCACUCCCUCCCCAGUCCACCCCUCCGGUGUCACCCCUUUGGGAGUCAAACCCCCCCACCCCUCCCCCAGGAUGUCACUCCUCCCUCCAUUGUCACCCCCUUUCCCCAGGGUGU